GGGCGGGCCGGGCGCUCCGCGGGGCCCCUCCUCCGGCGCCACCGCUGCGUCCUGCCCGGCCUGCGGAGAGCCGGGCGCUGCCGGCGGAGGUUGCAGUACAUACAGAGCUGUCACUGUACAGUUGAGACAGAAGAAGUUGUCACCUUGCAUUCCUGUUUGUCGCCACAUGAUGUCCACCAUGAUACAGACAGCUGCAGGGUUAGGACUGGGCGAGAUGCCGAUCCGUACCGAUGAUGUGAUGGCGCUGCUCAGCCACCUUGCCAGGGUGAAGGGCAUGAAAGCGGCUGUCACCCAUUCUGGCCGGGGAGCGCUGCUGACGGGUGCAUCAGCCUUCGUGGGGGGAGUGCUGGGAGGCCCCCCCGGCAUCGCUGUGGGAGGAGCAGUGGGUGGAUUGAUUGGAUGGAUAACUUCUGGACAGUUCAAGUCAGUCCCUCAGAUUUUAAUGGAAUUGCCUACUGCUGAGAAGCAGAAACUCUGUACUGAAGUCACGGCUGUUUUCAAGAACUUACACUGGACUGAUGCCGCUCAGCUGAUUGGCCUUGUAAUGGCAAAUUCUGCUCUCAGAGACAAAGUGUUGGCAGUACUGACCACUUACCUUACCAAUGAGCUAAAAGCACAAGUAAAAUACGGAGAAUAAUCCUCUACAGAGCAGGCUUUUUAUGCUAUUUUGCUCCCAUAGCUGUGAAUCUUCAACACAACAAUUACUAGUUAUGAGUACUAAUUAUAAUUAUAGGCCAAUCUAAGUAAUUUUUGAGUGUUUGGUUUUGAUGUUUGGGGGUUUUAAAAUUUUUAUUAUCAUUUUUGAUUUGUGUGGAUUUGUAAAGAUUGUAUUAGAUGAGUGCAUUAUCCUGACGCUGACUUCCUAUGUAAUUUUGGAUUGCUCUGCACAGGGACUAAAUCAAAUCACCGAACGGAAUCAUGCUGCUCUUAGGCUAAUGUGUCACUUGUGAAAAUUUUCAGAGUAAUUUUGUUUUAUUUAGGAGACUUGGUUCUGUUUAAGUGCUUUAUUUUUUUUUUUUUUCCCUGUGAACAACACAUAAAGUGCCAACAUAGCUGGGGCACUUUGAAGAAUUUUGCUUGCUGUUUGUUCCAGCCCUGCAAAGGAAAGUUUUAUAAGGAAAUACAUUACUCUACUGUGAACUCCAAGGACUCAAUCUGUACUUUGUUACAUUUUUAUUGUAAUUCUUGAAUUAUCUUUUUAUGUUAGAAGUGAAGCAAAUACUCGAACAAGAUUUCAAGUAACAGGAAAACAAACUAUGACUUUCAAUUCAAUUUUUACCAAGGUCCUGUGCCCUAGAAUGGGAGGGUGUGGCAAGCAUUAAGAAACUGGGGACCUGAAUCUGCCAGUUUUACAUUAGCCCCAGGAUUAAGGUGGUCAUUUCAGCAUUGGUUCCUUGAGUCAGUCUGUACAGCUGGUCCUCUCUUUUCAUUAAAAUAUUCACAAGAA